AUGGAGACUUUCGAGUCCGUGUGGCUCCCACGCAUCCUCCGAAUGCUCAGCGGCCCUGCAGCUUUGAAGGCCUUGCGCAGCUGCAGGAGUCUCAAGAGGUUGUGGCCCCAAUGCCUGCAGGCAGGCGAGGGCUUCUGGAUCCUGGAAGAGCUGGAGACGGUCACCUUGGAACAGCUCAUUGAAAGGGACGCUGAUCUUUGCAACUGCUUCCUUUGGGCCAGGAGCGACAUGAACAACCACAAGAUAUCGUACACUUCCUUUGCAGGGCAAGUUGAGAUUUACACAAAUAUGCCAACCAUGGAGUCACAGAAAGCGGAUGCUGACUCGGAGCAGGAGUCCAAGCCUGAGCUCAUAGUCCGGAGCUUGUCAGAGAGCUUCGCGGCCAUGAACGGAAACGAGAGCUUAGAGUUGACUAGGCGCAGACUUGCGUUUCCACGGACGAUGUCUCAAAAGCUGCCGGAACUUUUCGCUGGUGCUUUGGCAGUAGUAGGGGAGGAGUCGCCAGCACUCCUGGCCAUGGGCCUUGGCGGCUGGGAGGUUUCCAAGACCUCUGAGAAAUCACCGACAGACGGCCGCUGGUUGCACUUCUGCUUUCAUCGUCCGAAGCCCAAAGUUCCUCUGGCGAUCUUCCAUUUGAGUGGCGAGUUUGACUUGCCCGGAGGGGACGGCAGAGGAGAGGUUUGCCUUGGUUACGUUAGCAGGGACUUGGACUACGUGGUGUCCAUGCGAGAGUUCAGCGAAUAUCCCACCUCCAGGCACUUAGCCUCCAAAGUUAUCACAAAAUGGGAGGAAGGGCAAGGCCUACUGCACAGUUGGGGGCCCCUGCCGCCGCAAAAACUCAGGAGCGAAGGCACGAAGAUUGAGGAGAUCCUGGCGAAGAUAACAACGCCUGACGGCUGGGACGUUGAGAGCACCACGAUGUACAUGGAUGAGAAUCGGUGCAUCAUGGGCUGCCCAUUCCUUAAGGCCAUCUACCAGGAUGCCAAGCAAUUGCUUGAGUCUUGUGCUUGA